AUUAUAAUGAAAAUAUAAUUUCUAUUGCAUAGACUUCCCGGCACACGGCAUUCAUUAUGUGAACCAUCCAUGGAACAUUGCGUUGCGGAGCAGACUUAGCCAGCCAGCAGGAGCAGCAGCAGCAGUAGCAGGUGCCACUGGCAGCAAAGCGUCAUAGUCGAAGCGGAGGCAGAAGAAGGAGGAGCAAAGCAGGGGAGGGGGAGAGAGACAGAAGGCUCUCAACUAGCUGGACAGGAAAUGCUGAAGCACGCCUCAAAUGCGAGCAGCGCCACAGCCGCUGCGCCUGUCAGCGGACAGCUGCUGCGCACUGCCAACAACAACAACAGCAACGGCAAUGGCAAUGGUAACGGCAAUGGUAACAGCAACGGCAGUGGAAACAGCAAUGCCAACAACAGCAAUUGCAAUGGCAACAACAACAACAGCGGCGGUAAUCCACCCUCAGCGGCGGUGGCCGCGGCAACAGCAACCACCACCAUUGCCACGAGCCCCGUGCCAAACGUAGCAGCAGCAGCAGCAGCCGCAGCAGCGGCGGCAGCGGCAGCGUCGGCGUCGGCGGCAGCAACUGCUGGCGCUUCACCGACACCGGUGGCAGCUGCCGUGGCUAGCACGGCACGCAACAUACACCUGCGGCCGCCACAGCCGCUGAACAUAUCCGCACUCAAUGCAUCUAACUCUAUGCUGAACGGCGGCGUCCGAAGUGUUGGUAAUGCGUCGACGUUGCUCAAUAUUGCUACGCAGGCGCCUAUGAAACCGCUGACGCCGCUCACGCCCAACGGCAAUUGCAAUGGCAACAGUCUGCAUCAUCACACCUACACGAAUCAGCACAUGUUGGCCAGCAGCAGCAGCAGUACGCAUCAACAGCAGCAGCAGCACCAACAGCAACAGCAGCAGCAACCACUACACCUGCCCCAGCAUUCCCUCAACAACAACAACAUCACCAACAUUAACAGCAAUAUGCAUAAUUAUAGCCACUGCAACAAUUUGGGCCUAAAUCCAAAUUCGGUGCUGCAGACGACUGUAAAGCCAACCAAACAUGGUCCAGGACCACGCGAAGUGUUGACCAGCUUGGGUUUGCUUUGUUUAGUUUCACUGCUGUUGGCGCUGCUCUCACUGAUCUUUCUGCUAAAGAUCUCGCCGAACACCCGUGAAGAUACGGUGAUACGCAGCAUCAAUGGCGACGACUUCAUUAUUGUAUACGAUGUGACUCUGGCACUGUGCGCCCUGUCGCUCUCUCUGAAUCUCUGCUGUCUGCUGGUCUGUGCGAUACAAUUUCUCUUUGCGGUGAAGCUGCUGCGCUCGCCCAUGUUCGAUGGGCGCGACAACAAGUACUUGGAGAAGUCGAGUGCAAGCAGGACGUGCGCUGUGAGCGGAUUCUUCAUCUCCAUACCUGUCUUUCUCACCGGCAUCAUACUGUACACCUUCAAUCAUUUUCACUCAACACCGGCGAUCAUCACCAGCAUUCUGAUUGGCAUUGGCAUCGUUUUCUGCGGCUGUGCGAUGGUGCACAACGUUUUCGUGUGGCAGAAGGAGAAGACGAUCAGCUACCGUACGCCCCCUCUCAAUAUGUCGCUGCACUUGCCGUCAGUUCAGCUGUUCAACAGCAGCGUUUGUCCACCUGUGUUGCCGGUCUACGGGCAACAGAAUCAUUCCAUGAUGCAACAUCCCACUUCAGUGACUCCCGUUUCUCCGAAUCAUUCACAUGGCAGCUUCAAUCCGUUGCUCUGCACCAACAACAAUAAUAAUAAUACGAGCGGCAUUAUCAACUCACCGUAUCUCGUGCGACCGGCUACAGCUACGCCGCCAACGCCCAAGCCGAUAUCUAUUGCGGCCAAUGGCAGCUGCCUGAUGGGACGCGAGGCUAGCGGAUCGAUUAGUCCGGGAAUACCGCCAACGCUGGACAUGAGCAAUAUAACUAUUUCACUGCAUGAGCUGUCUACACUGGUCUAAGCCCAGUGCACCACGUCAGAAAAUACAGUUAGGCAAAAUAAGUUUUAGCUACUAAGUUAAAUUUAAACACACACAUGCAUAUGCGUAUGCAUGUGCGUAGCUGUAGACGACAUCCACCGUAAAGUGUUUAGCUUUAAUGAUGUCCCACUUGCCGCCCUGUUGCCGUUUAUGUUUUAAACUGUUGUAUAUAUUUGUAUAUUGUUAUAAUGAAUCACAAAUUUAUAUUUAAUAUAUUUAAAUACUGCGCUCAA